UUUUUCAUUAGGGAUUAGAAUCCGGAACAGAAUGAGGAUAAUGUAUUGGCAAGAAUGUUAGACCAUAAAGAAGCUAUCAUAUCUCAUUUAAGUUGGGCUAGCCUCUUUCUAGGAUUCCAUACCUUGGGCCUUUAUGUUCAUAACGACGUCAUGCUUGCUUUUGGUACUCCAGAAAAGCAAAUCUUGAUCGAACCUAUAUUUGCCCAAUGGAUACAAUCUGCUCAUGGCAAGACGACAUAUGGGUUCGAUAUACUCUUAUCUUCAACGAAUGGCCCCGCUUUCAAUGCGGGUCGAAGCCUAUGGUUGCCCAGAUGGUUGAAUGCUGUUAAUGAGAAUAGUAAUUCGCUUUUCUUAACAAUAGGACCUGGGGAUUUCUUGGUUCAUCAUGCUAUUGCUCUAGGUUUGCAUACAACUACAUUGAUUUUAGUAAAGGGCACUUUAGAUGCACGCGAUUCCAAAUUAAUGCCAGAUAAAAAGGAUUUUGGAUAUAGUUUUCCUUGUGACGGCCCAGGGCGCGGCGGUACUUGUGAUAUUUCUGCUUGGCACGCAUUUUAUUUGGCAGUUUUCUGGAUGUUAAAUACCAUUGGGUGGGUUACUUUUUAUUGGCAUUGGAAACAUAUCACAUUAUGGCAGGGCAACGUUUCACAAUUUAAUGAAUCCUCCACUUAUUUGAUGGGAUGGUUAAGAGAUUACCUAUGGUUAAACUCUUCACAACUUAUCAAUGGAUAUAAUCCUUUUGGGAUGAAUAGUUUAUCGGUAUGGGCGUGGAUGUUCUUAUUUGGACAUCUUGUUUGGGCUACUGGAUUUAUGUUCUUAAUUUCCUGGCGGGGGUAUUGGCAGGAAUUAAUUGAGACUUUAGCAUGGGCUCAUGAACGCACACCUUUAGCUAAUUUAAUUCGCUGGAGAGAUAAGCCCGUGGCUCUUUCCAUUGUGCAAGCAAGAUUGGUUGGAUUAGCUCACUUUUCCGUGGGUUAUAUAUUCACUUAUGCAGCUUUCUUGAUUGCCUCAACAUCAGGCAAGUUUGGUUAAUUUAGUUUGUUUUUUUGUACUGUAUCAGCACCUAGUUCAUUACUCUUGAUAGAGAGGGAGGAUCUGCCUUUUUAGAUUUCUUUUUCUAUUUAUUUUUCCAUCUAGGAUUAGAACCAUAUACUUGGUAAUAAUAGCAACGACACAUUAUGGCAAAAAAAAGGUUUGAUUCAGAGGGAGAAGAAGCGGCAGAAAUUAGAACAAAAAUAUCAUUUGAUUUGUCAAUCUUUAAAAAAGAUAAGAAGCAAAGUUUCUCCCUUGAGUUUGAGUGAAAAAACGAAGAUGCGAGAAAAAUUGCAAUCCCUACCGCAUAAUAGUGCACCUACACGCCUUCAUCGACGUUGUUUUUUGACCGGAAGACCUAGAGCUAACUAUCGACAUUUUGGGCUAUCCGGACACGUACUU